UGGGCUGGGCUGGUGAUCCUGACAGCCAGGGCUGGCAGGGAGCCUGUGGAUUGGCCUCACUGCUCAGUGAGGUCUGAACCUCAGGCAGGGGCUGCCUAAUCCUUCUUGGCUAGAGACAGAUAAACUUCUUGAUCAUCAGAUCCCAAACCACCUGGGCCAGAUGCUCUGAAAUCCCUGGGGCUCUGGGUGCCCAGGGCCCUUGGACUUGCUGUGCCUAACUCUCAUAAGCCCAGGGUCUUCACCCUCUCCUCAUGGCUCCCAAAUCCUUUAGCCUGUUCUUCCUAAAUCACUUGGGCAAAUGGUGCCUGAGUCCUUUAGCCAUUAAGGAUUCUAAACUCAGUACUGAAAUCAUUGGCCUGGAUGCACCUAAUCCCUGUGGGCUCUUGCUCCUAAGACCCUUGGAUCAAAGGCUACCAGGACACCUAGACUGAAGACUCUGAACACCUUUCAAGAGCCUGAUACCUUAGUCCCCUGGAAUGAGUGGUCUAAACCACUCUGACCACAGAAUUCCCCAGUCAGCUGUAGUAGAGGAAGGAGAUACCUAAUCCACACAGAACAGAGAAGUUGUGGAUGCCCUAUCCCUAAAAAUACUCAGGCUGAGUUUUGAUGGGGCUCUGACCACCUUGGUCUAGUGAAGGUGUCCCAGCCCAUUACAUGAGCUUGGAACUAGAUGAUUUUUAAGGUGCCUUCGAACCCAAACCAUUCUAUCAUUCUAUGACCCUUUGUGUCUAAAGCCACUGACCCUAUGGUUUACAGGCACAUUUGGCCAGAAGUGCUCAAAUCCCUUGGGUCUGGGUAUUCUAAUUUUCACCUGGUAAAUCCUAAACCUCUCUAUCCAAUGGAUUAUUGGUCACCUCAACUGUAUACACCCACAUACCACAGACCCGUGGCUCAUUAUCCCCAGUGGUGGGGAUAAACCAUAAACCACCUAUUGCAAGGAUCCAAGUCAGCUAUGCUGAAGACCCCUAAUCCCUAGGCAGAGGCACCUAAUGCUACUGGGCUUGUUGAUCCUUGAGGUCCGUGAUGCCCUGUUGCUGUAAAAUCCCUCAGACCCUAGUACGUGACCCCAUUACAGUUCCUAAAUCUCAUGGAUGGCGUGCUCCCAAAACCCCUCAGACUCCGGGCAUCACAUAUCUUGUUCUGCGGUACCUAAACCCCUUGGGACAGAUCCUCUCCUCAAAGAGGACGCCGAACGCCUCCUAGAGAAGGCGCCCAAGCGCUCCGAGCCGCUGCAGCUGCGGCGGCGCUGGCCCCGCCCGCGGGGGGCGGUGCCCCGGCGGCCAAUGGGCAUUGGUCAGUAAUUAACGCGUGGUUUAUUAGCGGCGAUGGGGUGUGGGGGCACGGGGUCGCCCCCGGGCGUGCGGGGCGGAGCGCCGGGAUGUGGCGGGCGGCGGUGCGGGUGCUGCGCGGGGCCGGGGCCCCCCGGGCCGCGUCGGGAGCGGCGGCGGGGGCGCUGCGCGGGGCCGGGGCCGGCGCCCCCCGGGCCGCGUCGGGAGCGGCGGCGGCGCAGCUGCGGCAGCGGCUGGAGAGCGAGCUGGAGGAGAUCCGCAGCGCCGGCACCUGGAAGAGCGAGCGCGUCAUCGCCUCCCGGCAGGGUCCCCACCUCCGCCUGACGGGCGGCGGCCCCGGGAUCAUCAAUUUCUGUGCCAAUAACUACCUGGGGCUCUCCAGCCACCCCGAGGUGAUCCGUGCCGCUGUGGAGGCCCUGGAGAAGUUCGGCGCCGGGCUCAGCUCCGUCCGCUUUAUCUGCGGUACCCAGAGCAUACACAAGGACCUGGAGGAGAAGAUUGCACGUUUCCACCAGCGGGAAGAUGCCAUUCUCUAUGCCAGCUGCUUUGAUGCCAACGCUGGUAUCUUUGAGGCCCUGCUGACCCCAGAGGAUGCAGUGCUGUCAGAUGAGCUGAACCAUGCUUCCAUCAUCGAUGGGAUCCGCCUGUGCAAGGCCAACAAGUACCGCUACAAGCACAUGGACAUGCAGGACCUGGAGGCUAAGCUGAAGGAAGCUCAGAAGCAUCGGCUGCGGCUGGUGGCCACUGAUGGAGCCUUCUCCAUGGACGGUGACAUUGCGCCCCUGAGGGAGAUCUGCCAGCUGGCCCACAAGUAUGAUGCCCUGGUCUUCAUCGAUGAAUGCCACGCCACAGGAUUCCUGGGACCCAACGGGCGGGGUACCGAUGAGCUCCUGGGAGUGAUGGACAAAGUCACCAUCAUCAAUUCUACUCUGGGAAAAGCUCUUGGAGGAGCUGCAGGUGGGUACACAACAGGUCCCAAACCCCUCAUCGAUCUGCUCCGCCAGCGUUCCCGCCCGUACCUCUUCUCCAACAGCCUGCCCCCUGCCGUGGUGGGCUGUGCAUCCAAGGCCCUGGACCUGCUCAUGGAGAGCAAUGCCAUUGCACAGUCUAUGGCUGCCAAAACCCAACGGUUCAGAAGUAAGAUGACGGCGGCUGGCUUCACCAUCUCAGGGAAAGACCACCCCAUCUGUCCAGUCAUGCUGGGGGAUGCUCGGCUGGCCUCAGUGAUGGCAGAGGACAUGCUCAACAGAGGCAUUUACGUGAUUGGCUUCAGCUACCCCGUGGUGCCCAAGGGCAAGGCGCGCAUCCGGGUGCAGAUCUCAGCCGUGCACAGCGACGAGGACAUCGACCGCUGCGUGGAAGCCUUCACCCAGGUGGGACGGAAGCACGGAGCACUGCCCUGAGGGGCCAGAACCAGGAAACACCUCUUCAGCACCAUCCCUGCCCACAACCAAGUGCCUCUGAUGGGGGAAAAGGCCUGAGCAGCACACUGCCAAAAGCAGGACCGUUCCUCAAGGCAUCACAGCCUGCAUCAUGAGUCAGCCAGCUGCUGUUGCAGUGUGCUGGCAGUAGCACUGGCAACCAGCACGUAAAAGUGUCAUUAAAAGUGUCCUGCAGUGCAGCA